AUGUUUUGGGUGGCAACUGGAGGAAAGGGAGAUUACUUGUGGUCCUUGGUUGCCAAAGGUAUUGCAAAUGGGAAUACUUUGGCUAAGCAGGCCAAAAUCAGUGCUUGUGAACAGGGUAAAGAGGGUCCUGAUAAAAACGAACAUGUAGUAUGCAUCUAUAAUGACAACUUUCUGGAUAAAGACCAAGUAUUUGAAAGUGAAAGAACAAUAAGAAGCCUGGGAAUCAAAUGUCAGCUUCAGUACAAACCAGAUGUGUUCACCUACCUGGGAGUCUACCGAAAAAAUCCUUGGAAUCUUAGACCCACUAUUUACAAUAGCAACUUUGAUGUCAUAAGAAAUCAGUCUAUUAUUGAAGAAGUGCAUGGUAGAUUUUAA